CUCUAUGCUCACACCCACUCAACUACCUCUCUCAUACACACACUCUUAAUUCUCUGCUCGCUCUCGCAGUUCACACACCUAACCAACCAAAAGACUACAUCCAAUCAUCGUAUUUCAAUAUUUCAAUCUAAGUCUUCCUUCGUUAAUGGCUUUGGAGGCUUUGAAUUCUCCGACAGCACCCGCGGCUCCCUUUCGUGGCUACCAAGAAGAGGAGGACCUUGACCUUCAGUUCCGCGAGCCUUGGUCUAAAAGGAAACGCUCUAAACGACCGCGUUUCGAGACCGAGGAAGAGUACCUCGCUCUUUGCCUCAUCAUGCUCGCGCAGAGCGGCAACAACAGUUCCUCCCACCGCCAAACAACUCAACACUCGCCGCCACCAUCUCAGAAAGAACCGUCACCGUCACCGCCGCUCAAGUUAUCCCACAGAUGCACCGUUUGCAACAAGGCCUUUCCUUCUUAUCAAGCACUCGGUGGACACAAGGCCAGCCACCGCAAGGCCUCGUCCGAAUCUACCUCUGUCUCCGCCGUCGCCAGUGACAGCGUUACCGCUUCCCCUGUCGGCGGUGGAAGGAUGCACGAGUGUUCCAUCUGUCACAAGAGUUUCCCCACCGGACAGGCCCUGGGUGGUCACAAGCGCUGCCACUACGACGGCGGGAACCACCACAGUAACAGCAACGCCAACGGAAACAACAGCAGCGCCCUCACUUCCUCCUCCGACGGCGUUGGCGGCGGUGCUGCCUCCUCCCACACGCUCCGUGGGAUCGACCUGAAUCUUCCGGCGCCGCUCACGGAGUUCUGGCCGCCGGUGGGGUUCGACUUCAGGAAGAGAGUCGGCGGAGGCGGCGAGCAAGAGGUGGAAAGCCCGUUGCCAAUAACCGCCGCCAAGAAGGCGCGUUUGUUUUCAGGGGAGGACCACGUCGGUGAUGAUCAAACGGCGUAGCUUUGUUCACCACCGAAGAAAUGUUUAUUUUAAUUUUACUGUAAUUCAGUUCGCUGAUCUGGUGAAUAUGAAUAGUAACCUCUUAGUUUAAUUUCCAUUUGUUGUUUUUAUUUGUAUUUUGUCUGGUUUAGGGGGAUUGGGUUGGGAUUAGGUUCGGAUUUUGUUUCUGCUCAUCUGUACAGACAAAAUUUGUUCAUUGCUUUUGGACUCUUCUUUGUCAUUGAUGCAAUCUAACAAAUUCGUUUAUCAGUAAUAUUAUUUAUGUUAAAGA